AUCAAUAAAACCGGUGAUCCGGAUCAAUCUAAAAAAAAAAAAUUUCAAAGUUUACUCAUAAUUAUAUACAUAUAUUAAAUUCUAUAUAUUAAAUGGUGGUCAAUAUAAAAUGUUUUAAUUGGUUUGUUUUCAUUUUGAAUAAUAUACUAUGUAAAUUCAUUUUCACGUACUCUUACAUGAUGAAGAAAUUCAAUUUAAUAUAAUCUCACUAUAUUUUGAUAUCUAUUACUUUUGUCAACCGUACCAUUUUAUUCAUUUACUUUGUUUAUUGUAUUCUUGAGUUUCACUCAAAAUAUUGGUUUUAUAAAGUUGUUGUCAGACUUUAUGUUUUGGACAGUGAAAAGAAGAUAUGAUUUUAAGAUGACAUUUGUUUUGUAUGUGUGUGAAACAAGUUGUCUAAGACAAAAAAAAAGUGAUAGGAUUUUAAGAAUCAACAAUAUUACCGAAUAAAAUCUUGAUAUUUUAUAAAAACAUGCAUAAUAUCUUUUAGUAUGUAUUAAAGUUUUAGUUACUUAUUUAGUUCAUAAUAAUUAUUUUAUAAUAUUAAAGAUUUUAUAGAUAUAAUGAUAUAUUGUAUUAUACAAUUAAAAAUAAAAGGGAAAUUGCGGUAGAUAACAACGAAAUUGCGGUAGAUAACAACGAAACUUUUUUUAUUAGGCAUAUGACUAUGCUACUGUGUAAUUUUCCAUAAUGGUGAAUAUGUCCUUCUGUAACCGGUCACAUAAAGGAAGGGAAGGGUCUGACACAACCUCUACAUUGUUCUUUCAAACACGCUUGUGCAUUAAUUAUGAAAAGACGUGAAAUUUAUUCUCGAAAACUAUCAAUUUUUGCAAGAAACCAUUGAGUGAACUGUUUACAGUUUAUCUUUCUCUCACUCGCUCUUUCAUCUUCCUAUCAUUCUCUCUUUUCAGAUCGAAGUAAAAAUCUCUUCGAAAUCCCUCAAAUGAAGUCUCGAGCCGGUGAAGUUUUGGGUACUGCAUGUGAAGAAAUCUCUGAAGAUCUUCCACAAAUGAUGUUCGCCGAUGGGGAGGAACCAGUUGGAGUUAGAGCUCUAACCUAUCAAUCUUCGCGGGCGAUAAAUACAGUUCUGAAUUCCCUACUUGAAGACGAGAUCCAGUAUUUACGGGCAUCGUCUUUUGGGAAGCUCGUUGAAAUUGCUAAGAAACCUGCAUUUUCCGGGAGAUUAGCUAGAUUUCUUCUUUCAAGGCAGUUGAAAGUGAAAAAAAACAUGAGGCAUGGUUCCGGUUUGCGGGGAACCCGAUACGGUUUUCACUUCGUGAAUUUGCCAUUGUAACCGGUUUACCCAGUGGUGAAAUUCCGGAGAAACCGAAGGCGAAGAAAAAUAGAGCAAUUAAAGAUAAACUGUAUUGGCCUGAGUUGUUUGGUGCUGUCGAAGAUAUGAGUGUUUCAAGAGCAUUGAAAAUGCUCCAAAAAAAAUAUGUUACAGAUAAAGAACUUCCGAUCAAAGUCGCAUGCCUGGCCCUUAUUUCGUCUGUGUUGCUUUCGACUAACCUCAAGAUGAAGAUGAUAAAAGAUUAUGCGGAGCUUUUGGUGGAUAUUGAUGAGUUUUUUGCGUAUCCAUGGGGUCGUGUCGCGUUCGACAUGCUGAUGACUAGUAUCAAAAAAAGAGAUGAGAUAUCUCUUUCUCAAAAAUACAAUCGCACUGAAAGGUUUUGCACUAGCUCUUCCGCUUGUCAUUGUUGAAGAUGUUCCCGCAUUGACUGAAGUGGUUCAAGAAGUAUGUUCAUCCUCUGAAUCGGAGAGUGAUGAUGAAGAAAGUGAUUGUAGGAUUCAGAAGACGAAGAAGAAGACGUUGAGUCCUGGGCACGCUCGAGAAGUAGACAAGAAGGCAGAGGUGUUUGAUAUACUAAUGCGGCUGGUUCGGUCUACAGUCUACAAUCAAGUUGGCAGUAGAGGUGGCAAGAUACCUGAGUUCCUCGAUAGUAGGUUUGUCUCCUUGUUGGCGAGGAACUAUGAUAGGUUCAGGAGAUCAAAGUCUAAAGAAUCAUAUGUCUUCGCUAAGGGGUUGGUAGACUGCCUUGUUAAGAGUUGCAGCUCGGGGAACGCAUCGACACGAUUCUACCUCCCCCUCAAUAUUGACAAAAACAUUGGAUUGGGUUAUGUGUGGAUUUCCCAAGUGCUAAGAUUUAUAUCUUAGAUUGCAAUUCAGCGGUGCGUAGUGAUUCUCAGCUGGCUCGGGAUCUUCUUCCCAUCUCUGAUAUGUUUCCUGUUUUAUUGAAGAGUAGUGGUUUGUUAGAGAUUCCCGGAGUUAUUGGACUUUCUUCAGAAAGAAUCAAAGGUGUUGCACAAAACAACAACGCGGCUGACUCUGCGCUCACCGCCGCCUUGCUUAUGCAGACGCAUUCUCUGUUUGGACCUGACACUUGCAGGUGUAUUACUCCGGAAGUAAUAGGUGAUGAGGCACAUCGUGCUGCUAUUAUGCUGUAUGAGUUCCAUGAGAAGCUCCAGUAAACUUUGACUCAAUGAUACGUAGUUUAUCUGUUAUGUUUUGAAUUUCCUUCGGUAAGACAUUAUUCCUUCUGGAUUGUGGUUCUUUAGUACCGGUCUUAAACUCUAUUUCUGUUGCAUCUAUGUGAGAUACAAUGACGUUUAAUACUUUUUUUUCCACUCCUGUGUUG